CAGGUUUCCCCUCGGUUUUCACCUGUUUUGGGCACAGAGAUCUUGUCUUCAGCUUUCAGUUCUCUGCUCUUUUGUGAGUCUCUUUUUUUCCCCCUUUUUUCUUUGAGCAACUUGCUCAAAGAUUGCUCAGAGGUGCCAGGAGGCAGCAUGGGAAGGAAGGGGACUGACAGGACUGGGGACAGUAGCAGUGCCCACAUUGGUGGGAGUGGAGCAGCAGUUUGGGAAGGGGCUACAGGGAACCCUCUCUUUGCCUGCUCCAGGAAGGAGUCGCUGGCAGUCAGGCUGCAGCUCCUACCCAGCUCUCCCACUGAAAGAGCCCAAAUUAGCUGAAUCAACGAUGCCCAUGUUCAGCACCAAAUGCCACAGAACCUGUUGCCAAGGCUGGAAUUUCUCACUUGAUCGGAUUAACCUUUGUGCCCGUGCAACCAACCACAUACGUGUCACCAGGCGAGCUUUUGCCAGUUCUUCUCAGAGCACGUGGGCUGCGUGCAAUGUGCGGUCCCCAAUCCCAAACAAAAAGUCCCUGGGGGCACCUCGGGAAGAACUGCUGGACCCUCAAGUCCCACAUGUUGGUGGCAUGGCUGACAACCUGGCUAUGCAGGAGAUUCUUUCCCUGUUCCUCUGGACAUGAGGACAGGUGGAAUGAUGGGUGCUCUGGGAAUCAACUCUGUUGAGUUAAAGGACGCUGAACACGAUCUUGUGGGAGGAACUGGGAGUGACGACUCAAAUCCGUGUUUUGAAAAAGCCUGUGGGUGAGCAUCAGCAUCACGUCCCAGCCAAGGUUUCAAGGCUGUAGUGGUCUGGGGAAUCGCUUCCCACGGGCCUGAUGCUCUCACUGUGAAGGUGGGGAGGACUUCUUUCCCCCAAAUCCAUACGUGGCAUCUCCCAAUGCAGCUCCCAUCCUCUGACGUGUCUUUGCUUGUGCUGUCGGGAAGGGAAGAAAGAACUUGAAACCAGAGACAAAGGCAGUCAUUCCGUGGGCUUCUUCCUGGCACCACCAAACGGAGGGGUGUCUUGCCACCCGCUUCCUUCAGGAGCGAGAGUGGGCUUUCUGCGAUAAUUCCUGAUGUUCAUUAUUUAUAGAGAAGGCAAAUUGAAUUAUUAAUACAGAAAAUUCAGAUAACAUUAACAAUUCUCAGUUUAUAACGGUUUCCCAUUAAUAAGGAAAAUUGGAAAUUUAUCACCACAUCUGUUCAUUAAAACUCACUAUUUUUUUUUUUUGCUUUUGGUGUCUUAAAUGAAAGCAGAGAAAUAAACGAAGAGGAAAAGCCAUUUAUUCACUACUUCUCUGGGCAAAGUCAGCCCAUAAUUUUUAAUAAAGUCUUUGCUGUUGUAUGUGGAGGGGAAGCCAGGCUGUAGUGAAAGCAGCUUUCCAGCCAUGUCUGUGGCGUUCCUUGACCGUAGAACAAAUACUCGGAAGCACGUCCCGUUUCUUCUCUUUGUGGGAAUCUUUAAGCUGCGUGAUAGUUUGCUCCUUUCCCUCCCUCCCCAGCAGCUCUCCUUGUUUUCACCAUGUGUUGUUCCCAGCUCCGAGGAGUGAAUUUUAACGCCUCCCCUGCUUCUUUCAGAGAUGGCGGAUUCCUAUACCUGCAAAGGUGGAAGGAAAACUGCAGGCUCUAACAAACCUGCUACCAGCAAAGAAAGCAGGACGGAGACAAGGAUAAACCCACCGGCAGAGCUGCCCAAGCUGGAAAAUGCGACCGGUGACAAAACUGAAGGCAGGAAGAAAGGACGACCCAAGGCUGAGAAUCAGGCACUGAAAGACAUCCCUCUCCCCCUGAUGAAUCAGUGGAAGGAUGAAUUCAAAGCCCAUUCCAGGGUGAAAUGUCCCAAUUCAGGCUGCUGGCUGGAGUUCCCCAGCAUUUAUGGCUUGAAGUACCACUAUCAACGCUGCCAAGGGGGUGCCAUCUCGGAGAAGCUGACGUACUCGUGCUCGUACUGUGAAGCUGCCUUCACCUCCAAAACCCAGCUGGAAAAGCAUCGGCUCUGGAAUCAUUUGGAUCGGCCAGUGCCAACCAGCAAAGCGGAAAACAAAGUGCCCAAGGCCAUUGGGAAGAGCAGUGGAAAGAAAAGAGCUGCUGAGAGUUCAGCUUGCCCCACCAUCCAUCCCAAACAGCCAAAGACGGAAAAAGCUGUGGCCCAGGAGCACACGGAGAAUGGCGAGUGCCUGGCGGAGAGCCGGGAGAGCAAGGAGUUCCAGAUCGCGGCAGCCGAGGCGAUGGCGGCCGCCACCCCCACGGCCAAGUCCUCGAGCGGGAAGGAGGCCGGGCAGCAGCGGGGCAGCCAGGCCUCACUGCAGGAGGAAGACCCCGAGAGGAUGAAGCACAGAAGGAAACAGAAAACUCCUAAGAAGUUUACGGGGGAGCAGCCAUCCAUCUCGGGGACAUUUGGACUGAAAGGUCUUGUCAAAGCAGAGGACAAGGCAAAAGCCCAUCGAGCCAAGAAGUUGGAGGUAAACACCAGUAUGGAGGAGCUGAAAAAGAAAUCUCCAGGAGUUGUUGUGAAGAAGGAAACUGCUGUGCACCUACCAGCAGCAAACCCGGAGGACCAGUGGCAGCGGGAGAUCAGUGAGAAGGGGGAAGUUUCCUGUCCAACCUGCAGUGUUAUAACCAGGAAAACUAUUGUGGGGCUCAAAAAGCACAUGGAUGUCUGCCAGAAGCUGCAGGAUGCCUUGAAGUGUCAGCACUGCAAAAAGCAGUUCAAGUCUAAAGCUGGGCUGAAUUACCACACCAUGGCUGAACACGUCAGCAAGCCUGUUCCUGUGGAAACCACUGGACUUGGUGAACAGGAAGAGCGGGAAAGGCUGAGGAAAGUGCUAAAGCAGAUGGGAAAACUGAAAUGCCCCAAUGAGGGCUGCAUGGCCAACUUCUCCAGCCUGAUGGGUUACCAGUACCACCAGAAGCGGUGUGGGAAGCAGCUCACCGAGGCUGACAAGCCUGUUUUCAGCUGUCCACACUGCAGCAAGAAGUACAAAUCCAAGGCUGGCCACGACUACCAUGUGCGGUCAGAACACGCGGCCUCGGUGAGCCCCCCGGAUGCCUCCGCAGCCCGAGGAGCUGGGCCACCUCCCCCUGGGGGGGACUGCAGAGCUGCUGCGGAGCCCGUGGGCAGGACAGAGCCGGGCAGGGCCGGGCCGGGCAAGCCUCCGGAGGAGCCAGAGGUGAAGCAGGAGCCUGCUCCCGUGGAAGAUUUCGAGAGGACCCCGAGUGGCCGCAUCCGUCGGACGUCGGCCCAAGUCGCCGUCUUUCACCUCCAGGAGAUAGCGGAGGAUGAGCUCGCCAGGGAUUGGACCAAGCGGAGGAUGAAGGAUGACCUGGUGCCUGAAACGAAGCGGCUCAAUUACACCCGACCAGGGCUUCCAAAGCUCAAUCCCAGGCUGGUGGAAAACUGGAAGAACGAAGUGAAGGAGAAGGGCCGCAUCAACUGUCCCAACAAUUUCUGUGAAGCCAUUUACUCCAGCGUCUCGGGGCUGAAAGCUCACCUGGCCAACUGCAACAAGGGAGACCACUUGGUGGGCAAGUACCGCUGCCUCCUGUGCCAGAAGGAGUUCAGCUCCGAGAGCGGUGUCAAGUACCACAUCAUCAAGGCUCACUCGGAGAACUGGUUCAGAACCUCCUCAGAGGCCAGCCGGAAAAAGAAAAACAGGGAACAGCUUUCUUCCAGCAAAGAGGAGAAAAAGAAAAGCACAAACGGGAAGAAAAGAGGGAGGAAACCCAAGGAGAGGCCUCCAGAAAUGCCUCCGAAGGGCAAAGAAAGCAUGGCAGCAAAGACUAAUCACAAGAAAACCCUCGAGCACUGGGAAGGCUCCCGGGGCAGCCCCAAGGGGGACGAGCAUGUCCCCAAGCCCCCGAGCCAGCGGAAGGGAGGAGCCAGCAAGAUGCCUGAGAAAUGAGCAGCUCAGAGACUUGUGUCCGAGGAUUCGUUUACAGCCCAGGGUAACAGGGUGGGGGUCUCUCCCGGUUUUAUGUCCUCUCCUUCCCAUCCCACCUCCCUUUCCCCCACCCUCCUCUCACCCUCUUUUUACAAAAAGAAAGGAAAAAAAGAAAAAAAAAAAAGACAGAAAAA